ACAAAUCUCGACUUCACGCAUAAGUACGUCACUCCAUCCACCCCUCCAACACCACAACACAGUACUCAUAAUCCUCCAGCCUAUCUCCCAAAACAACCGCCAAAAUUUCCUUCCUGCGUCACUUCUUCACGCGCGCCCCCUCGCCCGCCACAAUGUCCGCCACAAAGACCAAGGUCCAGUCCAUCAUCGACGAGAACCCCGUCGCCGUCUUCUCAAAGUCGUACUGUCCAUACUGCCGCCAGGCCAAGCAGCUGCUGAGCGACAGUGGCGCAAAGUUCUACGCUAUCGAGUUGGACCAAGUCGAUGAUGGCUCAGCCAUUCAGUCCACACUUGGCGAAAUGACCGGCCAGACCACCGUCCCCAACAUCUUCAUCGCUCAGAAGCACAUUGGUGGAAACAGCGAUUUGCAGGCCAAGAAGAGCCAGCUCAACAACCUGCUCAAGGAUGCUGGUGCCGUCUAAAUACCCACAACAAAAGGGAAGCCGUAGCUACUGCACGAUAGCUUGUCACAUAAUAAAUGAAUGAUCGACAUCACACAUUCUGCACCUGA